AUGAUAACGGUUUAUUCAAAGCUUCACAAGAACGUAGAGGACAAAAUGUUUCAGAGCUAUUGCUGCAAGCGGGGCUGGCUAAGACUACACCGCACCGAGCAGAAGAUGAUCAGGCUGAAGGAUGCUCCUCUCCAUGCUGCUGCUGCUGCUGAUACUGCUGCUGAUGCUGCUAAUGAUGCUGAUGCUGCUAAUGAUGCUGAUGCUCGUUACGAUGCAUAUCAAGCGCUUGAGAAAGAAGCACAAGCAGCAAAGAAGGGGUUAUUUGCUGCUCCUUCUUCUGUUAAAGUUGUCCGGAUGGUAGAUCUUACAGGCCCUGCUAAUGCACAGCGUGCUGCAGCACAUCUGCAGCAGCUGCAGCGCAGCAACAAGCUGGAUGCAAUUGUAGAAAAUGUUUAUAAUGCGGGCAGGUUCAAACUCAGAAUACCGUCGCUGCUUCUAAUGGUGUUGCUGCUGCCGCUAGAAGAUGCUGCUGCUGAUGCUGCUGCUGCUGUUGAUGCUGUUGAUGAUUUGGAGGGCUUGAAGGGUUGA